GGGCCACAUCGUGGGAUGGGAGAGUGGCUGUGAUGGCAGUGAUGAGUCAUGAGCUUAUGGUCGGGAGUCCAGACCCUGUCCCUUGAUUAGCUGUGUGACCUUUCAUAUGUCACAUAAUCCCUGUGGGGGUUGGGCUUCACAGCCAUUAAAUGGGUUUAAUACCCAGGAACCUGACUACCUUGAGGUGGUCAUAGGUCAGGCCUGCAGCUCCAGACUUGGGGUGUUCUGCUUGGGCAGCCACCAGGGAAGACUACUUGGGGAGAAGGAGGCAGUGCCUUGGGGUUAAGAAGAUGGUGCUCCUCCCUCAGGGUAACGGGAGGGGGAGUUCUUGAAUGUCCUGGGGUAUCCAGGUCAGGAGAGAAGAGGACACGACCUGAGCCUCAGCAGGUAGUGGUGAGUUUCAGGCUGCUGAGGCUGUGGCAGAGGGAGUGUUCCGUUCUCUGCCCCACCCCUUUGAAAUACCAGGAGCAGAGCUGACACAGGCUGAAAGGGAAACUCCUAGUUGUGAUGCAGCCAAGAGCCUGUCAGCUUCUGUAGGGGAUUUUCCUUACCCUGAGUGUAUAGAGAGGUGAUGACCACUAGCAGCUGAGAAACCAUAUAGCCGCCUGCGCAGCUGAACAGGCCAGCAGGCAGCCUGCCAUGGAGUCCCACUCCAAGAACUGGUUCUUCUGCUGGGCCUCUGAGCUCCUGGUAUUCAUCAGCCUCUUCCUCAGUGUCUGCAGCACUGAAGCCUACAUUUCUGAAGCACAUGGCUCUGUCUUGGAUGAUUCUAGAAAACCCACUCAUCUGAAGGGGAUCCGAGGUGGUUCUGUCUUGUUUAAUGUGAUCGAGAAGCUCAGAGUAGUUGUAGGAGCCGAGCUGCAGGAGGUUUCAUGGGGUUUAGGCACUGCAAUAAAUCACACACAGGUGCUGGAAAUCCACAGGGGAGCCGACUCUCCAACCUGGUUGAGCCUCCAGGACAAGUUCAAGCAGAGGGUCCAUGUGCCCAGCAUGUGGUCUCUGAGGAUUGAGAACCUGGCCCCUGAAGACAGUGGGCAGUACGUGGCCAUGAUCCACUCAACUCAGGGAAGAACAUAUGCCCAGGUUUUCUACCUCACUGUCUAUGAGCCUGUGCCUCAUCCUGGAAUCCUGGCCAAGUUACUCUCUAUCACACCAGGCUUGUGUAACAUAACCCUGCAGUGCAGAGCUCCAGGGGCCACCGAGGACCUGAAAGUGACCUGGGAGAGCAAGGGCCUCCUCAGAGAGCUGGAGCAGAGAGAAACACCAAGACCCGCCCUGAACCCCUGGACCCUGGCUGUGAGCCUGCCCCUGUGCCAGUGCAACACCCACCUCACCUGUGUGGUCAGCAACCAGGUGGAUAAGAAAGCUGCAAUCUUAGAUCUUAGGGAAGUGUGUGUCCAAGAAACAGAUCCACACAAACAGGACACGGUUAGACUGCUGCCAGGCCUCCUAGGGGAUGUUGUGGGUGUGAUGUUGGUCCUGGGAACUGGGCUGUAUCUUUUGAAGACAUGUAAGAAGAAAAAGAAGAUGAAGAUAAGAAGAGGCAAGUUGCAUUUCUCCUUCCACAUCCAGACACCUCCCCUCCCUCACUAGAACCUCAGCUUCCUUUCUCCUGAAUUUUUCUCCCCGGGAGUGGACUCUGCAGAGGGAUGAUGGGCGUGUUUUUGGCCUCGGGGUUCAAGGCAGCGGGGAGAGAUACAGGUUUCUAAGACACAGAUUCAAGCUUUGAUUUCCUCAGGUGGAGAACUGCAGGAGAACCAUGGGGUGGAUGAUGAUGCCAACCACUAUGAAGAUCUCAGGCUGCCAGUGUCUCAGAAGGACAAGGACAAGGGCAUUGGUGAACAAUAUCUGGAAAAAGAGGAGCCGCUCACUGCUGUCUACAGUGAGGUUCAUUAUCACUGUCCAGGCACGGCCAUUAAGAUCAUUCGAAUGGAGGAAGCAAAAGGAUCUGGCACUCCCAGGACACCUACACUCUGAGCCUGAAGCCUGCACACCUCUGCCUUUCUUAGUGCUGGUCCAGUUUGAGCUGCCCCUUGUCUGUACGCUGAUCUCACAGCCAUAGUUCUACAGUGUACCCAUGACCUGUUCACAUUCUGAGACACCUCCCCAAGAUGCACUCACAGUUGGGCAAAGAUUCUUUCCCUAUCAUUGACAUGGUUCCUGACCCCUCUCCUCCAAGAACCUUCCCAAGGGGGCCCUGUCUGACUGAGCAGGUGGAAAAUCCCAGCCACCUCUGCCGUGUCACUGGUGUGUGUACUUCUGAGGACACAAGCCCAGGCGUGGGAACGGUGCAGAGAGGAGGGAGGUAGGACUUGGCUUCUGGAUGCUGAGUUGGAGGACAGCAUGGGUGGGUAGGAGCCCACAAAGGAACAGGCUGAGGCUUUCUCUGCAGAUUUUAUAUAGGGCUCCCUUGGGGGCAUCAGGCAGUGUGUGUGUACAUGAAUGUUGGGGCAGGUGUCUAGUACAUAUGAUACAACUGAACUAAAGCCACCUUUCUUUUCUCCUGUGCUAAUCUGAACCUAAUCUUCAGUCUUAGCCUGUGGAUCCAAACUCAACUUCCUAUAGAGUAGAAAGAGAAAUUUGUGUUAUCUCAAAAGCUUCCUAGCCUCUGUGUCUCAGAGAAUGACCCUAACAGGCCACAGUUUGGGGUUGUCUUAGGAAAACAGCUUCAGCUCUUUCCUUUGCCUAGGAUAGAGCACUUAGCUAUAAGAACAGAGCUGUGGUAUUCUUCCACGCCCCCUUGGAGAGGACUACUUGGGCUCUGAUGGGUGAAGCUGUUGAGAAGGUCUGACCCAGCCCUCUCCAGCCUCUUCUUAUUCUGACCCUCCGUGCCCCAGUAGCUAUGCUGGCCCCAAACCCUAGGUCAUCCACUUCUUUGCUAACUUGCAUCCCUCUGCCCGAAAUGAAAUUUCCCUCUCCCUGUUUCUCACCCUCACUCCCACCUGCUGAAAUCCACUGUGCUACUCAAAGCCCUUCCCAAGAUGCUUGUUCCAUGGAACUCUGGAUCUCAAAGGUUUAAACAUGAUCUCUUCCCACAUCUGACUUUUCUGAACACCUUGGACACUAUGUAGGAUCCCUGCCACAGUUUGUCCUGGGAUGAUCAUGAGUCUUCCUGCAGGGCUAACCUGGGCUCUCUCAGGAGGAUGUGGGGCUGUGGGAGAAGAGGGCUGAGGAGACAAGCACUUCUUGGAGCAAAGGGUCUGGGCCAACCUUUUCCCAUCCCAUGGGGUCAGCAGAGGGAGAUGCAGCACAAGAGCUGCUGACAGACUCUCUGGCGUGGCUCUACCUGGAAACGGAUGGACACAAUGACCUCCUUGACUAUACUCAGCCUGAGGUCCUAAUUGGAGACUUCCUUACUCCCUUAUCCACCACUUAUUGUGAACCCGGCCAUGCUUCCACCACAGUAUGUGAGUGUUUCUUCCCUCCUGAGGGGUCUUCAGCUUCUUGCAGCCUCUGCCUCCUGUUUGAGUCCCGGCUUUUAUGCAGAGCUAGGCUAACUCUAGCGCCACAAGGUGCUGUGGCACGUCUGGUGGCCUAGAUCCUUGGGUCUCUUAGUUUCCCCCACGGCUCAGGUGAACUCAUUUCCUCAUUGCCACCCACAGAAAACAAAGAUCUGAACAGAGUCCCUGCUAAGAGAUUGAGCACUAGGACAUAAUGCUAGGUGCCUGCCGGACGGUGGACGAGUGAGGCAGGAGGGAGAGGAGCCAUAGUAGGGCUUCAUUUUUGCCAUCUUCCAGUUUAGGCUGAGCGUAAAGCUGACAGUGCCAGUCUCCUCACUGGCUUCCCAGGUGGCUGGACUUGACGAGGUAUCAGUGCACGUUAGCCCUGGGGCAGCGGAAGAUGUGAUCAUCCAACAGACCUUCCCACCUCAUCGAAGGCACAAACAAACAAACACAAAAGAAGAACAAGGCUUUUCAGGCUGUUUUGAACCAGUUUUUGUCCCAGGCACUUUGCAAAUAUUAUUCUUUUUAAUUAUUUUUAAAUACAUUUUUAAUUUUAAAAUGCUAAAUGUUUUGCUCUUCUUA